AUGCAUGUGUGCAUGGUUUCUUUUGUUGAUUGCUGUGGGCGCACUGUUUUUUGUAUGUCUCCAAAUUCUUGGCUCUUUUCAUUGAUAAAGGAUGGUCAGACCAGGGCGUGGGCGGCGAGAAUUGCGGGAGAGGGAAAGUGGGAAAAAACGCUUCCUACAGGUAAGAAAAAAGUGGUGAAUAACCUUUCAGGCAUGAAGGCUGUAGGGCUCCGUUGGAGGCCUCGUAAUUCAGCAAAACAGAGUGCCAAGGGACAAAAUGAUACUCCGGUGACUGUUGUAUUCCGGGCACACACGGACUCUGUUGCCAAGGUACCGUUUCUUUACUCUCCAAAGAACUACAACCGUCCGAUGCCUACUGAAGAGGAGGGAUUUACAGAGGCCAUUAUUGAGCUUUGUGUUCCAAGCGGCAUGAAUAUAAUUAGCAGCUCCACUGCUGAUGGUGCUGGCGGUGGUGAAUGCAGCGGCAACAAGAACGAGAGCAAGAUCGGGAGCACGAAUCCUGGCAGUUGGCAACGUCAUUCUGGCAUGGGCGGAUGCGCUUUGUCGCCAGGGGCCGCGGCGAUUUCGCCCAGUUUGAUGGAAAUGGGGCAUCGUGGGGCUGCUUCGCCUGCAUCAGAGGGAGCGGGUCUCAUGGGCGCUGCGCGCCCGGCAAUUUUUACCGGCGACGCCGUGCCUAAUUCGGACGCAUUGCGACGAAGACGACAACAACAACAACAAGAGCAGCAGCAAAAGCACACAGAUCCUUGCACGUCAUCGGCUGGCGUGGGUUUUUUCAAAUGUGAUAGUUGGGUUUGCCGAGCGUAUUGCUUUGGUGAAAAGGAUGCGAUUUACGCGAAUGGCGCAAUCAGCGUUCAUCAGUCGUUGGCGAACAAGAGUCAGUUUAUCAACAACAUCGCGAAGGGGAAGGCACUGGCGCGUGUGGUGCCAACAUAUGAUGAGGUGCGGGAACGGUUUGGUUUGUCACAUUUAGAGUUAUCCUUUGAGAAUCAGUUUGUAACACGUGCCGACAUGUUUUUAAUAUCGGAGGCACUGCGUGAUCGCAUUCUGUACGAGGGCGAGGAAGUGACCUUGUGUGGGUUCACAAUGAAGGUGAAUGAGAUGCUUCGCACCUUGCAGCCGGUGGCAGCAGCUGAGAGCGCGGCCGGUGGGGCUUUGCAGCAGGGCGAUGGCGUCAAGACCAACAACACGGCAGCGUUGGAUGUCGAUGGCGAACACAGGGGGGCGGCGGAAACCUCUUGGACGUCAUUGAAGACGUCCGGAUCACAACGUGUCCCGGUGCAACCACACUUCUCCCACCCUUCGCUGACGUUGCCGUCUCCGCAACACCAGCAGGAUGGAAAGGAAGAGAGUCGAUAUCGUCGCGUGCAAAGUGGUCUUGUGACAAAGGAGACCCUAGUGAAUUUUCGUUCCCUUUCUCCUGUGCACUACAUCCUUAUUGAGAUCUCCAAGGAAAUGUGGAAUCCCACCGUGGAUGGGCGUAUUACGUUGUGCUGGGUCAUGAAGAACUUUCUUCGGGAGUAUUUAAUGCACCAGGUACAUAAACACAAGGCUUCUCCCCUUAUUCACAUUCUGAUGGUGGGCCGGUUGUAUCCAAAGUAUGCCAUCAACGGGAAUGUGGACGUUCUUCACGUGAUGAAAAUCCCACACGAUUAUCGGUCCACAUCUCUUGUUGAGGAGGUGGAGCUUCAGUGUGAGGAGUUUCUGCGUCGUGUUCUACAAGAAGUUAAGAAAACAUUUAAAAAGGAAACGGCACCAGUUUCAACCGAAGCGACAGGGGAAACAACAUGUACCCCUGGUGAAGAGGUGCCUUUCGUUUCUCAGGCAGAUGUGGCAGAUACACUGACUGAGCAGAGUCUUUUUGUUCACGCCAAAAAUACGUGCACGGUGGAGACGAUAAAUCUUGUGCUCGAAGAGUGCAUUCAGAGCCGAUGGGACACCAACACGGGUUAUAUUAUUAGUAUCGUAACUGCUGGAAAGGGACUUUAUCAAGUGACCAAUGAAUUGUCACAAACAACCUGUACACGACUUUUUAGCAUUGGGAUUGAGAAAAUCAACAUUAUUUGUAUGGGCCGUCCACCACUUCACAUUACACCGCUUUUUGAAUACUUCUCGGAGGAUGAAACGCUUCGGUCACAAUAUCAUUUGCAUGUGGGUCAAAGCAGCCAACGUUUUUACGAGCGACCGGAAUGGGCUCGGUGCCUCUUUUACCACCCCGCGGUGGACGCCACUUCGUGUGGUCUCUUGGCUUUUGACCUUCUGACAAGAGAGGAGUGGAUGCAGCGACAUCGUGCGGUGCCGGGGAGCAAAUCUCAGUUUGUUCCAGGCCUUGGACUGCCAAUGGCACCGGUGGGCGAGGUGUUGUUGCCGGUGAUGGAGACGCGGAGGAAAGAACAGGUUCUCUCCAAUUCAGUGAGGGUGGCCGAUGCAGAUUCACUUGUGUCUCCAAUGCCUUCUUCCGCACUGUCAGCUGUUCCAGAGGUCAGUGGGACACAAUUUUACCCGACACUCUUUCGACACUCUUCUGAAGUGCGGGCGAAGGCGCAACCGCCUCUGCGUCUUACUGGGACACGCAAUAAGCAUGAAGGCAUCACGAGAGGCGAGAGAUUUGGUAUGCCUGGGAGAACCUCCGGUACAACACAACCAGAUGGCGAUGCCAAGUCAAGCCCUACACCCGGGCAUAGUCGUCCAGUUGUUUUUGCCAGCUGGUACUGUCACCGUGGUUGCGCAGUUAGUUCUCAACAAACAUUCAGUCGUGAAUACCUUUAUGAUUUUAUCAUCCACCAAUCUCAUGAGCAUCCUGGGGAUGGACACACAAGAAAUGUGGCCAUGGAGCCAGAGGCCAACGGUAUAGUUUCAUGCGGGUUGAACAUUUUAGACAGCGAUCUUCAGAGCGGAUACGUGUUUCUCAGACUACGCAUUGAUUCCUCUGCUCUUCCGGAGGCUUGUUGGUCGCCGAAGAUUUUAACUGACGUAGAUAUGUGGGCACUCCUGAUGGGCGCCUUUUCGGGCGAGGAUAAUCGCCUCUCAGAGGAGGAGAAGAAACAUUUUGUAUCCCACUUUCGAGCGAUGGAUAUUUUUUGCCGCACGUUUUCCGCCAUUCUGGAAGAUGGGCUCACGUUGAUCUUGGCAUCGCAUAGUAGCAAAUUGACAUUCUCAACCCCUGAGGAAAUUGUCUUUACAUUUCGCCAGCCGUUGAUUGUGGCCUCCAGUGAAGUCACACCGUUUUCCACAACCAUCGCACAUCUCCAGAUACGGAACAGCAUUUUAUUUGCAAUAAAACCCAUAAGUCCAUACCGCCCAACGACGGAGAGCGAGGUUGCAUCUUCGGCCUCCCGCAAUAUCACUGCCGAUGUGAUACUGCGUCGACGUUGGCAGUUUGCCUAUCCCGAGUUACCUUCUUCUGGGGCGCAGAAAUCACCAUGGGCAACGUUAUGUCAUUGCAAAAUUCUACCAAUUUAUGGAACGAAGUCACCCUACCAGCGCGACUGCUUUUUUGGUGUUCCCACUCAUCAAUAUGCCGUCUCUAUUCGGGACAGUAUGCAGUUGCUGGAAUACGUGCUACAACGACUUCAACAACAAUAUCAGAUUGUUGUAGUUGGCUCAUCUCCAGCAGGGAUCCAAUGGCCUCGGGAAGAGCCUACACGGAAUGCCCGAGUAGAAUUGUCAAUUGGUCAUCAGAUUCAUGAGUUAAAAAUAGGUGAAGCGGGACAAAGCAUAUCUGUUACUCGCAUAUUGCAUGGCGGCAUGUACAGUAACGCCUCUGUGACCCACAUUUUCUCCCAUUCUUACCUCCUUUUGAACUAUCUGAAACCUGGCUUUGAUUUACGCACGGUGCAUUUGGAGACGCAGAUUGGUGAGAAGCUUGCUUUCCAAUGGGAAAGUCUUGAUUCUUACCUUCGCGAUCGCCAUCGCACUAAUAUUUUUAUUCCACGUGGUCCGGACUUGUCGCUGCGUGAGGGCAAACUUUGCGUUGCCUUGCUACCAGAAGCGUUUGAAGCCCCACCUGUUUCAUAUGCGGAGUUUUCCGCAUUUAUCAACCACCGUUUCUCCGUACACUUCAAAAUGACGGAUGCUGCGGAGUCCGAGGAAGAGAAAGUAGGAAUGACGACCAAUUUUCCAGAAACGCUCAACGGGCCAGAUGGCUUUACUGCACGCACCGUUACGCUCAUCCACGACAACCCACUGACGCUCGAGCCGUAUUGUCUGAUGGAUCACAAAACGGGAAGAACGCUUUGCCUGGAAGCACCAACGAGAAACCGCAUGCUCUCCAUGGAGGUGUCAAUACCGGCUACCUAUAGCCCUAACUGUCACUGUUUAUUGGAGAUUUCGUGGUUGGUUUGCAUCACGCCGAUAAUUGCAGAUUGGAUCCGUUCGAUUUUUGCAGGGGCUGCGCGCUUCCGUCUGCGCGCUGUGCCUCUUCCAUGCUUUUCUCCGUCUACUAAAAGCGGAUUUUUUGCGGUUAGUUACACAGUUCGAGCCCGAAAAGAAGAGGAGGAACCACUUUUUCGCUCUCGUUUGCUUAGCCUCCUAACGAAUAGCACUUAUCGGUAUUUUCCAGAUGUCACAGUCAUGAGUCGCAUUUGCCGACUGUUGCAUUUUAGUGGCUUGUGCUACGUGACGUUGCACUGGGGUGGAACCGCGUUGGCAAGAUGGUUUGAAAACUCGAUGCUGCGUACUGGGCAGCCGGAGCACCAGCAGUUACUGCGUGAAUUUACAGAAGCGGUACAAAUCGUGCGUGAUGAGAUUGAAGCCUCCUAA